CAGCAUUACAUCCAUUCGAGAUAGUCGCCUUUAAUAUGAACGUGCUACUCGUAAUAUUGUUAAACCUACUAUUCCUUUGUGGCACGAACUGCGUACGUAAUAAAUAUAAGAGGUCGCGUCAAUGGAAAUUAUUCGGCUACAACAUUGACGGAGUUAUAUAUACGAGUGAUUCGGACUUUGAACACAAACGAGGUUCAUUUACUUUUCAAGAUGAACUGCUGGAAGAUCACGAAAAAUUUUUGAUUCGAAAGAACUUAGUUCCGAACCACAUCAACUAUAAUGUCUUUCGUACAAUAAUAUCUAUUCCUAGGACAAGGCCGGGUAUACCGUUCACCCUCAAUGAGUUUUCAUAUUUUAGCAAAUAUGACAGUAAUUACGGUCGUUUGCUCAAGCCUUCUCCGUCGUCUAAAGAAUCAAAAAACAUUAUAUCGGUUUAUGAAACUGCAAGCGAUGGAUGUGAAAGAUAUUGGUUCGUUGACACAGGUUUCGUGGAUAUACCUGGUGUAAGAAAACAAGUCGUGCCUCCCAGCAUUUAUGUGUUUCAGGCACAAGAUAAUUAUCUUCUAUAUACAUCUGAUAUAGAUGCUAGCGUUCUUAAAAACGGAGUAUCGGCAGGUCUUAGGUCUCUGACGAUCGACUACAUUUUUCCUUGCCACGAAACCUUCGCGUACAUCAGUGACGAUAACGGUAACGCUGUCAUUGCCUUUUCGUUUGAGGAAAAACGUUUCUGGAGGAUCGAACGUCAAAUCACUGGAAGCGAAGCUUGGACUUUCCCCAUACCGCAAUCCAUUUUACUGUACGCUGAAAACGUUAUAAGAUACAGGAAAAGUCCGAACGAGACAUUUGUACAUUAUUCAGAUAUUUUGAAAAAUACGAAGAUUUCUCAACGUUCCGGCCAAGAUGUGACCGUGGAUCUUAGUGAAAUAAAUACAAAUCCAAGAGGAGUUUUAUACGACAGAAAUUAUGACGGCAACAUUUUAUUUUUCACGGAUGAAUCUCGCACUAAUCUGUACUGUUGGAACAUGGACACGCCGAUGGAUGAGGACAACAUUGAACUGCUCACUGAUGUUUCCAGGAAAAACGACUUUUACAUAAGCGCUUUAAAUACAUUAGGGGCAGGAUUUUAUUUCAUGGUUAAUAGAUUUAGGGGCUUAGUUGACAAUAUUUAUGAUGGAAACGCAAUCAAUUUCGCUGAUUACCGCAUAGACGUAGAUAAAAUGUUGAAUAAUACAAAAUGCAACAAACCAACGAGAUGUUCAAAUUUCAUUGACAGUUGGAGAAAUAAAAUCCAGCGUUCAGUCAGUUCAUCGAAAUACAUGGUUAAAUAUGUAAGUGAUGAGUACAUACAAUCAGAACUAGAAAGAAAGGGACGCCUUGGAUGAUUUAGUAAAGCAAUAUAUGUAUAUAUUUGAUUUUUAGUAAAUGAAUAUGUGUAAUUCAUGUCGAUAAUUAAUAAAAAAUAUAUUUCUUCCUAUUAAAAUAUAAAUAAUCUCCAUUAAAAACAACAAAAGAAUCAGAAUGUAUAAAAUUUAAUAAACAAUAGAAAGACCGACUGUAAAUUAUAUACUAUACAAAAAUUCAAAA